AUGUCGCCACAGAUAACCAAAGUAAUUUACAAGCCAGACUCGACAUCGACGGACGAAUUCAUCUGCAUAAUCGCCGACGCUGGUGCAUACAAGAAAUGGUUAGGAGGAGACAAAACCGUCCCAUUAGUAGAGAUUGUCGAUUCUUUUGAUGUAUUUCAUACCGGCCAGGGUGCUCAAGGGCUUUUGAUCCGACCCAGUAAACAAGAGCUUGAGAAUACCUUUGGAUCAUCAAAAGAUGAUGAAGUGGUCACAAUUGUCCUUGAGAAAGGUCGUCUCGAAGUUAGCGAUGGUCACCCCCUCAAGUUCGCUUCGAAGAAUGACUCUCGAGGUGGAAACACUGGGGCGCGGGUGGCUGGUGCAUCUGGCCAUGGUGGCCGAUAG